UGCCGUAAGUUAGCAUUAUAGAGGAGUGCCACUAUCACCCGUGAGGAGGGCGUGUGUGUCCGGUGUGUGGCAUGAAGUCCGUCACCGCUGUUUUCGCUUGACACGUAAAUGACUAAACUCAUCCAGUCAAAUUUCGCGGACAUGGAAAGCGAAACAGUGACGUUCAACCGACGUAACUGACACGUUGUCACCGCUCGCCGUUGUUAUCGCACUCCAUUGUCGUGCUGUCGGUGGGAAUGGCUUCGCCGUAAAGAAUACCCUUCAACACUCUCCGUGUUUCAACGCGUCCAGCGGCCCGCGGGAUGCGUUUCAACGAGAAGGAGCUGGCGUCCCUGAGCCGCCAGCCCUCGGAGAUGGCAGCCGAGCUCGGGAUGCGAGGACCCAAGAAAGGAGACGUUAUAAAGAGGAGGCUGGUGAAACUCGUCGUUAACUUCCUAUUCUAUUUCAGAACUGAUGAGGAAGAGCCAAUUGGAGCGUUGCUGCUGGAGCAGUGUCGGGUGGAGAGGGAGGACAGUCAGUCCUUCUCCAUUGCAUUUCUGGAUGAAGCAGAGAGGAAGUAUCUAUUUGAAUGUGACUCAGAAGAGCAGUGUGGGGAGUGGGUGGACUCCAUUAUCAAGGCCAGUUACGAGUUUAUGAGGAAGAACCUGAUAUUUUAUCGCACUGAAAUCCACAGGCUCACUGGCAAGGACCCCUUGGAGCAGUACGGUAUAUCAGAUGAAACUCGUUUCCAGGUCAACAACGGCCUGCAACUUCUGUCUAGGGAUACGUCCUCCCUGUAGACCAGCAACCUGUGUUCAGAUUUUCUUUCAUUUUUGUUUGCCCUGGCAUUCCAACCCUCUCUUCUCACUGGUUUUAAAAACCAUGGCAUUACUAUUAGCACACAAUAUUUCUUCAUUGGUCUGAAUGUAUUUUGUGUCGAAAAUGUUAUUGAACAGUAUCUGCAGCCAUGCAAAGUACUAAGGUGAUGAUUGUCAGUCAUUACAGGGAACACGGGACCGUUGAACUUGACACUUUUAUUAUUUUUGGUUUUAGAGGAUUCUUUUCUUGCCAUUUACUGUUUUCUGACCUUGUCUUGGUUACUUACUUUACACUGUAGUCUCAGACAAUGUGAUUUGUGAGCGUUUGAUUGUAAAUAUGCUGUAGAGAUGCAGCUGUGACUUUCUUUUAGGACUCUUUGUAAUAUAAGCACGACUGAGUUUAAAAGAAUCAUUUCAGGAAAUGUUAAUAAUAUUCAUCAAGCAUGUAUUUGCUGUUCAAAGAAGCUUAUCGUUAUUGCCCAAUUCAUAAAAACCUUAAGCAGUAUUUGAACUGCAUGGGCUAUUGAGCCAUACAUCUAACUCCAGUUUUACUUAUGAAAGAGUUAAUUUUUUGGUUAUCCCAAUGUAUAUUCAUCAUCUAGCCCAUUUUCAGCUAUUUAGUUUUCAAAACUUUACUUUUGCACAUAAUCCUGGGUGGCGGUCAAAAAUGUACUUGAACGUACUGCGUCUUUUCUUUGGCACUUUGAAUCAGUUUUCUUUAGGCAAGCUAUUGCACCAUGCUCUCACUAACUGUCUUUUCAGGAUAGCAGCAUGUAGUGUUGAUGAAAUUGUGCUCACAGCCUAAGUUAACUAGCAGAAUGUGAUAUUGAAUGUGCGUUUAUUUUUAAGCUUUUGCACACUAAAUGAGUUUCGUCUGUUUUUACUUCAUGUGAGAUUGUAUAUGUUUCACUUCCCUUUUUUUAAACAAAUAAAGCCAUUUAAAAUUGA